GUUUUCAACAUGGCCGCGGCGGAGAGCGACAGCGAGGCAGCGGCCGCGGAGACAAGGCCCGAGAGCUCGUUUCCGGAAGGCGAGGCGCCGGGCACUACCAUGUCGAGGGUGGAGCUCCUCGACACCAUGGUGGACACUUUCCUGGAGAAGUUGGUCGCGGCGGGGAGCUACCAGAGAUUCACCGACUGUUACAAACACUUCUACCAGUUGCAACCUGAGAUGACACAGCGGAUCUAUGACAAGUUUGUGUCUCAGUUGCAGACAUCCAUCCGGGAAGAAAUCUCAGAAAUCAAAGAGGAAGGGAACCUAGAAGCUGUCCUGAACUCCUUGGAUAGGAUUGUGGAAGAAGGCAAAGAACACCAGGAACCAGCCUGGAGACCCAGUGGGAUCCCAGAGAAGGAUCUCUGCAGCACCGUGGCUCCCUAUUUGCUGCAGCAACGAGACGCCCUGCGACGGCACGUGCAGAAGCAAGAGGCCAAGAACCAGGAGCUGGCCAGUGCUGUCCUGGCCGGUCGCAGGCAGGUGGAGGAGCUGCAGCAGCAGGUCCAGGCCCGACAGCAGGCCUGGCAGGCUCUACACAGAGAGCAGAGGGAGCUGCUGUCAGUGCUGAGAGCGCCUGAGUGAAGAGGACAUGGCUGGACCCCAGAGCAGAGGGCACUUGAGGUCGAGGCCUGUGGUUAGCGUGCUAGCUUGGGUGGGGUGCUGUUGAAUACAACGGAAACAACGGUGCCAGAGCCCAGGCGGCAGUGGAGGCUGCCCUGCUGCCCUGUGUCUGUGAGGUCUCUUACGUAUACACUGCCUUGGACUGUGGCCUGUGCGCCUCCUGGACCUCAGAUACCCAGCUUUGUUUCCUGGCGGUGGUCGUUUCUGCUCCAUGCCCUCCCUCCGGUUCCUGAGUCCUCCCCAGCCUGGGUUGGGGGCAGUGGUUUCGCCUCUACUGAUUGUGCCCUUGCUGGCCAGCCCGAGGGCCUUUGCUGCUGCCCUCGCAUCCCUAAAUAAACUUCCUCGCCGCUCUGUAAUCUGUGAGGAUGCUUCCUCGCCAGGCGGCUCAGGCCCAAACCAC